GCUACAGAUGUAAAUAGGGAUUUUUUUUUUGGGCGUUACCUGAUUCAGAAGGGGACUCCCACUCCCACUCAGGAAGUGGAACUAUGGCAGACAUGGAGGUCCAUGCCGCCAGUCCACCACCUCAUAUACUGGGCUACACAAUUCGCAGUCGCACCCGCAUCUGGGUUUCCUAUAUAGUGCCCAAUUGUCUGGGUCUCCUCGUUUACAUUGUCCAAACUGCCUCGGAUUUGGCUUUGAGUUACCAGCACUUUAGCCAAAAGGAGCCGGGAUUUGGAGCUGGCACCCUGGUCCUGGUGCUACUUCCUCCGCUGAUCACCUUCAUCCUGGUGGCGGCCUCCAAGGAGCAGCGGGAUUGCGCCUGUUCGGAGCGGAAUAAGUGCGUUGCCCUUGGCAUUGGUCUACUUAAGCUCCUGCUGUUCCCCUUCUUCGUGAUUUACAGGUUUUGCUCGCGCUUGUUUUGGGCCAUCGAGGGACUCUUCCACGACGACGACGAUGUGGAGCGCAUGAAGUGCCUGGCCAAGGCCACACAAACCUCCAACAUCGAGUUGUAUCUGCUGAUCCAAGCCUACGCACAGGCAGCUCCCCAAAUCAUCCUACAGCUGUACCACAUGCUCGCCCAGGACAUGUUCCGGAACUAUGAGACUUCUGCCGUUCAGGCCAUGUCGCUGGUGUUCUCGGCCAUUGAUCUGGCUGGCAUAACCACUAGUUACCACAGAAUAGAGAGCCAGCGGCGGGUGGGCCGGCACUACCCCUGGGCCACGCCCCAACAGGUGGACUCCCAUCGCUGCCAGUUGGAGCAGAACGAACGCCUUUGCUGCGAGGCCGAGCGAAGGAAGCGGGAGUCGGAACGCACCAUCAGUAGUUUUCCGGAGUCGGACAAGAUCAUGGAGAACUUUCGAGCGCGCAGGUCACUCAGGUUGCCAGGUGAGGCCACCACCCACGAGCUGCACAUUCAGGGCGGGGAUGAGGUGGACAACGAUGCCCUGGAGCAGCUGGAAACACGCGCUCUGCUGCACUCUGGACCCCGGGGCAAUGCCACCGAUGAGGAGAAGAUGCAGGGCACCAGGCCCAAGUUGAAGGUACGGUACGAGGAUUUGGGAGACUUGGACACCAUUGAGGUCUUGGACAGCAUACCCGAGACUCCGGCGCCACCUCCUCCUCCCAAAUCAGCCCCUCCCGAGAUGCCUGUGGUUCGGAAGCUCAGCGAAGAUGAUCCUCCAGCCGCAGAUUUGCGACGAACCAUGUCGGAUAAUGACCCUGGAAAAAGUCGUCGGAUGACCAGACCGCUGUCCCAGUUGGAAACAUACAAGGACAUGCUGCUGGUUAAUGCCCAGUUGUAUAUCAAGGCGAAUGUGCCACAUCCGCCCAAGUUGCUGAUGGGCAGGGUCAAGGAGGAGGAACCAGAGGAGCAUAGGCUACUGAUUCCACAGCAGUCACCCAAGCCAUCGCCACUGACACCCAAGGAUGUGGUGGACUUUUACUUCCCGCGACCCACCAAAAUAGUAAAUGGCAUCCAGCAGGAUGACUUUGCCGGCAGGACAGUGUCCUUCUUCGGAUGGAUUGCAUUCAUAACCAUGAGAAUGCUGUCCCUCGCCACCUUUUGUGUCUUCUACCCGAAGGCCUUCUUUAUCCUAAUUGGAGUGCAUUAUGUCCUCAUGCUGGCUUCUCUGGCCCUGGAAACGCGUUGUCGUGGCAGCUGGAGUCGCAACCUGUUCCUCCUGCUCCUCGCCUACAUCUACAUCUUUGUGCUCAUGGAAUUCCGAGUGUGCUUCAAGAACAUUCGGCUGUGGUAUGGUGGCUACCUGGCGCUCACCUUGGUGGAAAACAUCAGCAUGUCGUCUGUGUGGUAUGCCAACGAGGAGUUAGAGUCCUGGUGGUUUGGCUUCAUCUGGGAGUGGAUCGUUUACAGUGGCGUCCUCUUUCUGGCCACCAUAGUCGUUUACUAUUGCAUCCUGCGACCCAAGGAAGUUUCUCUCAUAGUGGAGGACGAUUCUCCAGGGGAACUGGAGGCGACUCCAGAGGAACAGGCCGUUGCCUAGCAUUAUAACCUGGUAGUUUGU